CUUGGCCCGAGUGAGUCGUCUGCAGCCGAAAGCGUGAGGUGUUCGUAGGAACGGUUUGGCCCGGCCGUGUGAAUGAGAGUAUUUUGAACUUAAAUAAUUCCGUUUUAAAGCACUAUGGGGAAUAUUCACGCUGCCAGUCCUGCCGCGCCGCCACCGCUGCCGCAAGCAGUGCCACUGGUUAGUCCUGAAGAGAAGAAAGAGGAGGAAUCGAGUAAUGGGAAUGGAGGGUCGGAGAAUCCUGGCACUAUGGAAGACAUACACAAGAAGUGCAAAGAUGUGUUUCCUGUGAUGUUUGAAGGCGGAAAGUUUAUGCUUAAUAAGGGGCUUAGUAAUCAUUUUCAAGUAUCACACACAGUGAAUUUCUCAACUGUUCAACCUCCAGGUUACAGGUUUGGUGCAACUUUCGUGGGAACAAAUCAGGUAUCCCCUACGGAGGCAUAUCCUGUGAUGCUAGGGGAUAUUGAUCCAUCUGGUAACCUCAAUGCCAACAUUAUUCACCAGAUAUCUCCUAAUAUUAAAACUAAGUUUGUUGCACAGAUUCAGCAGAGUAAGUGGCAAGCCACUCAGUUAACUACAGACUGGCGGGGUUCCAACUUCACUGGUUCACUUACGUUGGGAAAUAUAGAUAUAAUUAAUGGGUCUGGGGUAGCAGUUACACAUUAUCUUCAGCAAGUCACGAAAAAACUGGCAUUGGGCACAGAGUUAGCAUACCAGUACGGUUCUCAGGUUCCUGGAGGACACAUUGCUGUAUACUCCAUAGCAGGAAGAUAUUCUGAUGAAAAUUUCACAGCCUCAGGUACCUUAGGUGGUGCUGGUAUUCAUCUCUGUUAUUAUCAGAAGGCAACAGAAAAUUUACAGUUUGGAGUGGAGCUUGAGACUAGCCUUCGCAUGCAAGAAUCAGUUGCAUCUAUGGCAUAUCAGCUGGAGAUUCCUAAAGCUAACACAGUUUUCAGAGGAACUCUGGAUUCAAAUUGGACUGUUGGAGCUGUUAUGGAGAAGAAAUUAAUGCCCUUACCAUUCACCUUAGCAUUAUCUGCGAUGUUAAAUCAUCCUAAGAAUCAGUUUAAAAUUGGAUGUGGAUUUAUAAUAGGAUAGAAUAGUCUGGAAAGUGUGAUAGUCUGUUGAUUUUUCUGCAUUUCUUCCUCCCCCUCCAUAUGCACUGUACUUCCAACAUGAGAUGACCAAAAUGUCUACUUGGAGGGGGGGGGAAUGUAUCAA